GCGCUCUGUCUUCACCAAAUAGUUCAACACGUCUGUAAAACUGUGGCUCUACAGCGACACAUUUAUUCUACCUCAGGAAACUCUUGUUUUUUGGGAAGUUAGGAAGUUGGGAAGCUGAAAAAGGUUCGCAGCCUACGCAUCCCGCAGUGCACCGCUCAUGUCCUCCCAAGUAGCGAAUCUCGCGCGACUUUGCUGUAAUUUUCUUCAACAAGGAAUAACAACACUCAACUCAGUUGUUUCGUCGUUUAUAUUUUGCAGAUUACCCUUUUAAUGAUUGAUUGUUUCAAACAGAUAGCCAUAGUUUAGGUUUCCAAACUGUUUCUUUUUUGAUCGUUUUCAAGAAAGUCACAUAUUUGGUCUCCAGACGGGAGUGUUUUAAGACAUUGAAACAACCGAGGAUAAUGAUGGGAAGCUGAAUUUUACAACACUAAUUUGGAUUGUUUGACAUUAUUUUCAAAUUGAUCUAAAGACGUAAAUCUGUUGUAAAAUGGGUUCAAUACUCAGCCGUAGAAUUGCUGGUGUUGAAGAUAUUGAUAUUCAGGCUAAUUCUGCGUAUCGAUAUCCACCGAAAUCAGGCAAUUACUUCACCAGCCAUUUCUUUAUGGGAGGGGAGAAGUUUGACACACCACAUCCAGAGGGAUAUCUAUUUGGUGAAAACAUGGAUUUAAACUUUCUAGGCAACAGACCUGUACAGUUCCCCUAUGUGACCCCAGCUCCACAUGAACCAGUGAAGACACUAAGGAGUCUGGUCAACAUCAGGAAGGAUUCUCUCCGUCUGGUCAGGUACAAAGAUGAUUCUGAUAGCCCAACAGAUGAGACUGGCAGCCCCAGAGUACUCUAUGGUGUGGAGUUCAGCUUUGAUGCCGAUGCUCGAGUUGCCAUCACACUAUACUGUCAAGCCUUUGAGGAAUUUUCCAAUGGAAUGGCCAUAUACAGCCCCAAAAAUCCCUGGCUUGCAUCCGAAACAGUCCACUACAAGAGAGGCAUAAACCAGCACUUUUCCCUACCCUCCUUUAAGAUUGACUUCACCAAGUGGAAACCAGAAGAGCUGAACUUUGACCUUGACCGAGGGGUCUUUCCGAUGGUGAUCCAGGCCGUUGUGGAUGAAGGGGAGGGAAGGGCUCCUGACAUAUCGGGACAUGCACAUGUGCUGUUGGCAGCCUUUGAAAGGCACGUCGACGGCAGCUUUUCUGUGAAACCCCUGAAACAGAAGCAAAUUGUGGACCGUGUAAGCUACCUGCUGCAAGAGAUCUAUGGCAUUGAGAACAAGAACAAACAGGACAAAAAGACCCCAGAUGAUGAGAACAGCGACAACAGCAGCGAGUGUGUGGUGUGUCUGUCGGACCUGCGGGACACACUGAUCCUGCCCUGCCGACACCUCUGCCUGUGUAAUGCCUGCGCGGACACGCUGCGCUACCAGGCCAAUAACUGCCCCAUCUGCCGGCUGCCCUUCAGGGCUCUGCUGCAGAUCCGUGCGGUCAGGAAGAAGCCUGCAGGCUCUCUGUCUCCAGUGUCCUUCAGCCCAGUGCUGGCUCAGAGCACAGAACACACAGAACACUCGCAAAACUCUGAGAACAUCCCGCCGGGCUAUGAGGCCAUCUCCCUGCUGGAGGCGCUCAACGGCAUCUGCUCCGUGCCCUCCCCAAUCCCAUCAGCCCCCCUCUACAAGGAGAUCCAGUUUCCUGGGGACGGCGGUGACCCCCUGGCUCUGACCCGGCCCCAGAGUGUGGGCGAUCUGCCAGGGGACACGUCCAUGCUCAAGGGCAAAGGCAGCAAGUCACCUGACAGCUCCACACGCUCGCCCUCUUCCCCCAUCCAGGAGGAGGAGGACGAGGAGAGGCUGUCCGAGGUGUCGGACGCACGCUCCCACUCCCUGCUGCCCUGCUCCCCCGCCCCCACCGAGGUCACAGUGACCGAGGGGACCCCAGAAGCGAUCACCCCUAACUCAGAUGGCUGUUCUCUGGUCCACUCUGUGAGUGAUGUCCUGCAGGGCUGUCACAGUGAGCGCAGCAGUCUGACCCGUACUGAGAGCACCCCCUCCACAGAGCUGGCCCUGCCUGAUCCGGAGCCCAGCUCUCCCGCUGUUGAGGAGUGAUCGGCUCGUCCGAGUCCAUGGAGAGCCUGAAGAGCCGCAGCACCAGCAGCUCCAGCCAGCCCCUGCUCUGCCUGCCCAGUUCCCUACACCUGGAGGAUGAGCGCCUCACCCCCUAGAGAAGGAUCCUGCAAAUACCCCCCUCGCCCCCCCGCCCGCUCUCACACCCCAUUUAUACCCCCGUCCCCAUCACAUCCCCAAAUCCACGGGGCAACUGUCCCUCUCCUGAUGUGAGACCUCUGCUCAUGUGGCAGUGGUCACCGGUGGUGUCUCGAGGGUUCUAGAGAGUUCUAGGUCCUGGUGUAUGUUAGUGCAUUUUAAUUUCUACACUUGGAAAAAUAUAUACAUUUCAGAGACUUUGUCAAAUUGACACUAAAAGAAAUCUAUAAGAGAAUCUCUGUCCUUGCCCUUUUGCACAAACCAAAUGCUUUAGCAAAUCAUGGCCUUUCUGUUCAGAAACAAAAUAGUAGCAAUGGAUAUCUAUGUUUAUGUUUCAUUGCCUUGUUUUGCUACCAUACAAUUAGUCUUUUAGUAUUAUGUAAUCACAGACUGAAGGUAACUUCCAUUUCAAAAGCUUUAAAUAUCCUGUGUACAGCAUUAGCUGACAUUUCUGACUCACUCCAGUAGUUCACACUCUACUUUUGAUGCACAUAGAAUAACUGGCAAGUAGAGAUGCCUGCCUUUCAAUGCUUCCUGAUUAGUUAAUGGGAUGUUAAAAUGUCAGUUUUUAUUCAUGAAAAUAUAAAGGCAGCUUGCAUACAUAUUUUUAAAGUGUCAUUGCUAGUAGCUUUACAAUAUCAUGAUUGAGACAAGCUUCUAUCUGUAGGACAGCCAAUGCCACAGACAGCCCACUGUCCAAUGACUCAUCAGUUGUGGUGUGACAGUCCUAAAAUGGCUCUUCCUGUCCUAAUUGAGGGGCUACACUCAAUCAUUAUACACUACAACGGAACUAGAGAGGAAUACUGUAUAUGGACGUGACAGUGUAAUAUAUACAUCCCUACCCUGAUCCACAACAAAACAGCCUUGUCCACCAAACAAGCACCUUUGGUGUUCAGUACAAUACUUACACUUGGCAUGCCAUCUAAAUGUUGGUUUUUGAUUCUGAGUGGUCAUUUAAAGGUGUGGACCAGUAAUCCUAAAGUCAUGUACUCACCCUCUCAGAGCUCCAGUGUGUUCUCAUCAAGAGUAGAUCAGCGUUGUGGCAUUAUCCCUUUAACGUUCUGAUGCAGUUGUAUCCCUCUGUAUACUUGUGCCUUAGAGUACAGUGGCUUUUUUUCUAUUGCUGUUUGAAGAAACCUCUUUUGUGGUGUGGGAACAUCAAUGUUUUUGAGGUUUAUGAAGUGCAUCUGAAUUUUAUUUCAUUCCAUUUUAAGUGGCGGUUCAUUUCACAGAGUGAUAUUUGAGAAUGUGAUUUGAUUUGUAGUUUGAUUCAUUUUUACUUUACUAUAUUUCAGUUUUAAGAGUUUCCUGCAGUUUUGGUGAUGGUAUAUUCAGUACUUAACCUAACAACACUCUGUAAACGUUUAUGUAGUCUUGAUUAUUGGUACAAACGCAUUCUAAGUGUACUCCAACCAAUCUCUCAUCAAAGCCUUUACCAAUUUCAUUUUCAAGAGAGAUGCUGUGUAGAGAAAUGUAUUUUAGCAGCCUAUCUUUAUUAAACAAAUACCAGAGAUUAUGACUGAAAAGAAAUGCCAUACAGUGCAAUACAUUAUUGGAAAAUAAUAAUUAUAGGGUUCUUUGUGAUGUCUAUUUGUAAAAUGCAGUUGCCAGAAGAAAAAAAAAAUUAGAAGCUUGCAUGAAUGAAUUAGGCCUAAGUUUCAUUUUCAUUCACUUAUGACACACACACACACACACACACACACACACACACACACACACACACACAAAGACAGUAGCAAUGGCGGCAAUAAUCUCAACUUCAGCUUUUGCUGUAGGUGUUGAUCAUAGCUGUGCUGUGCAAUGCUUAUAAUGAAGUGAAGGUGUUCCAUCUCUGAGACAAUGUUGUCAUUGCUGUCAAUGUUGUCAAUACACACUUACACCAUAAAAGCCAUUUCAGUUGUGAAACAUGGUGGACGAUUUUUCUGAUAGUAAAGUAGAAUUUGGUUAGAAGACAAUGGUCUGAAAUAAGCCAUAAACCAACCACAGAAUGGCUUAAACAUAAGACCUCAACAACUCAAGAAUCAUAGAUGCAUGAAUCCCAGCAUUAUUCGUUGGCCAUUUUGAGGAACAUGAUUUCUUGCCUGGCUGCUUGUUUACGGAUGGAAAAUAAGAUAUUUUGUUGAACGACCAUUUCAGUUGUUACUCAAGCUUACAGCCACAAGGUGGCAGUACUCGCAUGGCAAAAGAGUAGCGCACAUGUUUCCCCUUUAAUUUUUUAUUCGAAGUUCGUUUCACUGUUCAGCUCUUUUUGUACACUAUCGUCUAUAUAGUUUUGAAUUAAACUUCUACAGUUGAUGUCAUGUAACGAGAGUGCAUCUGUUAACCUAUGUUUUACUGUCCUAGAAAUGCCAAUAAAAUGUUAAAACACGCA